UUUUCAGUUCUCAAGAUGUUCUGAACAAGACAGUCCAUGAUUUUUUGACUAUCAGUCCCUGACACCGACCGAUUCCAUACUUUUCUCGAAUCUUAAACACAUCAACACCAAACAACCGCCCAAAAUGUCCACCCAAAGCGGCUCCGACACCACCAAAAAGUCCAAGCGCCAGCAAAAGAAGCAAGCGCAAACCUACGAAUCCGAGUCCGAGUCCGAGGACUACGCCCCCCCUCCCCGGCGCAAGCGCGGCAAGCAGCAAGGCCCUCUCGACUCGCUGGCCCUCGACAAUGUCGGCAACACGGUCGGCGGCGUCACCCAAGGCGUGACCGGCGCGCUGGGCGGCAUCACUGGCAGUGCUGUCCAGAACCAGCAACAAGGUGGAGGUGGUGGUGGGAAGUCCGAUACCUUGAGGCUGAGGCUGGAUCUUAAUCUCGAUAUUGAGAUUACGCUUAAGGCGAAGAUUCAUGGUGAUUUGGAGUUGGCUCUCUUUCUUUGAUCGUCACACACUCUACCUACCUACCUUACCUAUCCAUGAAACCGUCCAACCCCACUGUUUCUUACCUUGGGCUAAAGGUCGAUGUAGAGAA